AUGGCGGAGAAGAAGAGAUGGAUUGCGAUGUAUACGAAGCACAUCAAGCAGAAGAGAAAAGUCUAUCACGAUGGCUUCCUCGAUUUGCAAAUCACCAGAAGAAAGGUGAUGCUUUACGAUGAGGCAGAUAAUCUACUGGAAAGCAGGAUGCUCAAGGCAGAUGAAGUUGUGAGCUCAGGUGAAUCACUCACAUUUCAAGCAUACCUUGUGGAUGUCGGCGAUCCUAAGGACGGAUGUGAGCCUCCAUCUGAGCAAAAGGCUCAUCCAAGUGAUCAAGGGUGUGUGCGGAAACCUUUUGCAGCGCUCAGGCCAAACUUCAAGAAAAGUUCUCUUCAUUGUGAAGAGAAAGAGCACCUUAUGAAUAAAUUUCCUUCACAAAGUCUCAGCCCAUCUCACAAAAUGAUUAGAGUAUUCAAAAAGAGGGAACUGCACAAGUAUGGAGCACUAAGUCCAGACAAUGUAAAGGCAACAACAACAGGCACUUUACCUCUUGGCUCAGCUACUAAAGGAAGCAACAAUCACCCAUUGUUUCACUCUCCUUGUGAUGAUUUCAGGCGAGAGAAUGAUAAGUUAAGCAAGGACGUUCCUCCACAUAAGCCUUUACGUGAUGUAAACCAGAUACUCUCCAUUCUUCAGCGACCGACUGUUACAGAGACAUGUUCUGAAAAUAUCUUAAAAACAUCAAUGUCGUCAACGAAAAUACCUCCAGAAUCUGAUAUCAGCAAAAACGACAUAUUGGAGCCUGUUUCAUCGAAAGGAACAUCUAAGAAUUCACUUCCCCAACAGUUUAUGGCUCGAGAAAUUUCAACGGCGAGCACAAGUGUUUGUUCAACGACUCAUCUAGACGACCCUCCGAGUUUUGACCUCGGAAUUUAA